UUAUAUUGACAUAAAGUACAUAGUGUGUGUAGUCAUGAGCUCCAAGAAGAAGUUGUUGCUGAAUGUGGAGCACCUAGCCCCAUGAGCAACGAAGAGAACCAUGUUGUCAAUGAAUCGAGUGUAAAGUAAGUACAUGUAUCAAUUAUUGUUGUUUCAAUCUAGGGAUACAAUAUGUACACUAGUAUUUAAGCGAUUGUAAACUGGAUUUCUUUGGAUUGGCUGUCCAUCUUUUAUUUGGGGAAUGCAGGACAUCAAAGUGUUUAGAUAUGGUUGUGUAUUCCGGACCCCACAUAAGUGUGAAUAAUAUGGAAAGCGGCGAGGUUGAUCAUGGAAUACCCCAAGAUGAUGCUGAAGAGUGCAAUAGGCUUUCCUCGAAACCAACAUCUGUCAAUAACACUCCACCAACGCCUGCUCCAGUUAUAAUCCCACCGGAUUUUGAUGAAGAUGCAAAAGAGAAGGUAUACAGAUGGGUAAUAGAUGACAGAAAUCCGUUGGAUGAAGUUAUCGUGUGGUACCGGACACAUUAUACGUUGGACCUAACACGAAGAGAUCUGAACACAUUAAAAAGGAGGGAAUGGGUCGACGGUCGGGUGAUAGAGUGCAUGUGUGCACUCUUUAAUGAGCUCCCAGCCAAGAGGUUUCAAGAAGAAUUCUACUGCAUUAAUCCAAUGAUAUUGGGUCGUGUUAUGACACCUAUGAAUGUUGAAAAAUUUGAGGACAAACACAACUCAGAGUAUGUGGAGUUAGCAGAAUGUUGGGGGAACGAGAUCCGUCUGUUCAACAAGGUAGAAGCAGCCAAGAGACAUAUGGUAUAUGUUCAAAAAUAUUACAUCCAACAAGUAUAAAGUUUCUUGUGCAUCCCUUUGUAUCUUUGUAAGAGUAUCGAAAAAUAAAAUCCGAUUAUGAUG